GUCACAUUUAUUGUUUCCCCUAUCAGAAGUGCACAUUUACAGACAUGCUGAGUUGUUUCAAAGAUAAAGUUGGUGAUGUUUUAUUACCAGGAGACGUAUUUUCUUUUCAAAUGCCUGAAAGUAUCACCGACAGCAAACCCGAGAAAGUUGUUUGUGGACCAGGGCUUCGGCGAAACGGAGAUGAAGUUCUCGUUUGCAAAAGCGGAAUCCUCCGACAUAAACAACCGAAUCUGUACUGGAUAGACUCUCAGCAAAGGAGGUAUGUUCCAGGGAAGGGGGAGAGUGUGAUUGGCAUCAUAGCUGCCAAGUCAGGUGACAUCUUCAAGGUGGAUGUAGGGGGGAGUGAGCAGGCGUCACUCUCCUACCUCGCCUUCGAGGGGGCUACCAAGAGGAAUAGACCUAACGUGCAGGUAGGGGACCUGGUGUACUCUCAGUUCAUCAUUGCCAACAAAGACAUGGAGCCGGAGCUGGUGUGUAUAGACAGCUGUGGACGAGCCAACGGGAUGGGGGUGUUUGGAGCAGGCGGGCUUCUCUUCAAGGUGUCCCUGGGACUUGUACGCAGGCUGCUGGCACCCCAGAGUGAGAUAGCCAAGGACCUGGAGAAGAUGUUCCCCUUUGAGAUUGUGGUGGGGAUGAACGGGCGGGUGUGGGUCAAGUCCAAGACCAUCCAGCAGACCCUCAUUGUGGCCAACCUGCUGGAGAGCUGUGAGAACAUGACAGCGCAGCAGCGACAGACGCUCUUCAGAAGGGUGGCCGAUGGAUCCAUCUAGGCUAGGGGACCACUCUGCUCCGGAGAAGGAUGUUCGAGAACUGUCUGAAUUAGUGGGGUUCGUCUCAAUCAUUUGAAGGCAAGGAGGCAUUGGUGUGGUUGUCUCCUCUCCUCUGUGACUACUGAGCUAAAAGGACCUGAGAGAUGAAUGCAGUGUAGAUUAAACUUAUCAAGUCAAAGGGGAUUUUGACCCCAGUGUGUCUGCGCUGUGUGAAGAAUCUGCAUUUUUUUUUUUUAUAUACAUAUUUUGUUCAACUACAUUUUGAGAAAUAAAUAAUGAAUCUGGGUUAAUAAUAAAAAAAAAAAAAAAAAAAGUGCACCUGUUCAAACCAG